AUGCACGGAAUUUAUGUCAAACGAUUGGAUUUUAGAAAUCAUAUCUUAUGGUUUUGUUUUGGAGCAUUUAUCGUAUCAGUGUAUGGAAGCUGCGGCCAAAAUUUUUCUGGAGACGUCGGGGCUUUUGCCAUUACCACUUCUCAAAAUCGGAAUUCUCCUGACUCUUGCAUCGUCAGAAUUAACGUUACGGAGGGAAAACUUGCUAUCCUCAGAUUUAAAACUCUCAUCAUAAACUGUUCAACGGAUUUCAUAGAGAUCAGAGAUGGACGCAGUGAAGAGUCGGAGUUGAUACGGCGGUAUUGUGAAACUUCCGCUUUCACAGUGGCAGCCACGCAAAAUUUCAUGUUCAUCAGAUUCAUUAACAGCCAGAGCUUGAGAGAUCUCGUUGUUUCAGCGGAAUAUUUUGUUUUUGAUCAUGCAGACGCCAAACUGAAUGCUUCGUCUGGAUCGUUCGCGUCUCCUCGAUAUCAAGGACCGGCAUCAUUGCUAUAUGCUAACAACUUUCGCACGACAAUUUCAAUAUCUGUCCCCGGUGACUUUGGCAUCAUCUUUAAGUUUACAGAAUUUGACAUGGAGCCACGUCACAAUGGGAAGUGUCUAGAUUACUUGGAGAUACAACAGGCAGAUGGAAGAUCGUUUGGCCAAUUUUGUGGUUCUUCUCUUCCAUAUGACAUAGUGUCCACAUUCAGUACCAUGUACUUUCACUUUGUAACGAACACCAACAUUGCGUUCUUUGGAUUUUCUUUCACGUGGGAAGUUUGUGGAGGCGUCAUAGAUCAGGCAGCAGGGACGAUGAACCUCCCCAUUUUCAACGGCUACUACAAAAAUAACAUGGACUGUAGGUAUGUGUUCCGACAACCGGAAGGGAAACGUGUAGCAGUCACCUUCACUAAAUUCAACUUACAACAGAAGACGUCAGAUGGGAAGUGUAUGGACUACGUACAGAUAACCGACACGGGCUUGGGAUCCACCAUCCCUAUAGCGGAACACUGUGGAAUUAUUACCUCCCCUUUCACAGUGACGUCACAGUCCAAUGAGCUCACCAUUCGCUUCUAUUCUGACACAUAUACCCAGGGUUAUGGAUUUACGGUUUCCUAUCUUCAAGUGGAACCAUGUGGAGGCAAAUACGAACUACUAGAGGGCCGAUUUUUCCCGCCUACCUACAGCAACCUGUACUCCGCCAAUGAGCAUUGUCAUUUUCACGUAAAGACAUUUGUCGGAAGUAGAAUUAUGGUGGCAUUCAGCAAAUUUAAGUUGGAAACAAAGUGGGCAGCAAGUUGUGUUGACUAUGUAGAGAUUGUGGAUCCGUUUGCAUUCAAACAUCAGACAUUGCCAAACGGGUCUCCUCACGAUCACAUCCUUGAGAACAGUCACCGUCACUACUGCGGGGUCACUAAACCGCCGAACACCUUGUACUCCGGAAACGAGUUAUUCAUCAAGUUCGAAUCAGAUGGUUCCCUGGAAAAUGAGGGCUUUGUGUUAGAAUGGGCAGCAUGUGGGGGAAAGAUCUCCGAUCAUUACGGUGAAAUAAAGUCACCAGAACUUUAUCUUUCGCACGCGCUGGAUCUGACGUGUGUAUAUACUAUAGAACCACGAGACGUCUCGUCGUUUUUCGUGCAGUACAGUACGGAAUUUAUCCAAUCAAACACGGGGUCAUGUGAAAAUAUUCUACAGGUUGAUGACAUCGGUCCUAAGAACACGACACUACUCAAUCUGCCGUGUUCUAACGACGGAACAGGACUUCUGCAGACAGGGGCUAAGAAAUUGCAACUAACCUUUAACCAAGCACUCGGAAGGCCUCGAAGUUUUAAGUAUAGUUUGAAAUGGACAGCUUGCGGCAGUCGAGUUACCACACCCACUGGAAACAUUAGAUCACCAUUUUGGCCUGGUUAUUAUCCAAUCAAGCGGUCAUGUUCCUACAUCAUAGACAGCGUAACCGGAAGCAACAUCGUGCUAGAUUUUCUGAACUUGAAACUAUCGCAAACGGGAAGCUGUGAAGACUACAUCCAGAUUCAUAAUGGCGUGGACGAAAACUCUCCUUUGUUACGAGUGGUCACCGGAAGUGCAAUACCGGAAACAACGAUCUCCACAACUAGUAGAAUGUUCGUAAAGUUUGUGGCACAAUGUGAUGUUAGCUCCGAGGGAUUCCAAGCCAAAUGGAGUGUAUGUGGGGUAACAUUAAGUGAGGAGUCAGGAGAACUCCUGUCUCCUAGUUACCCCCAGAACUACAUCCGGGACAUAGCCUGCAGCUACACCAUAACACAAUACCCAGGAAAGAUAACCUCACUUACCUUCGAAGAUUUCGAUGUUGGAUCGAAAGUUGAUAGCUUGUGUGUCGACGAUUAUGUGGAGAUUCGGGAUGGGUUUUUUCAACAAUCUACUUUAAUUGGAAAGUUCUGCGGAAACUUACAAAGAUUCACCAUUAACUCCACCAGUAAUACUAUUAACAUCAUUUUGGUAUCCAGUAGCAACACAAACAUUCGAUACAGAGGGUUCAAGGCCAAAUACAAAUCAAACGUUAAAGAUACUAUGCUUGACUCUACCACCACAGCGACAUCCAACUUUACCAUUAUCUACAGAGGACUGACGGCGGAUCAAGAAAACUUACUUGAUAUGGAUAUAGCGCUUAUCUCUACAUUAUCUAUCAUCAUAGUUAUUCUCGUCGUCGUUAUCAUUGUCCUCGUUGUGCUGAACAGAAGAAAAAAGCCAUCUUUGAUCGUUCAGGAGCAGAAAGUGGUAGUUUCGAACACCCCACGUAAUGACAGCGUGUUAAAUUACCAUGACAACACACAGCUCUUGGACGUCUACAAUAAGGUGGGCACACCGAGCCAUCAAAACAAAGACCCGGAUGUCAAAGCUGAAAUCAACCUCACCUUACAGCAGCAGCUCAGAGAACAACAAAGGCGAAGGAGUACCGGAAGUCAUUUGACAAGUGACAAGUAUGCACAGCCGCAAAAGAAAUCUUUGCCGGAGAAGAUUGAAGAGUCGACUGAAUUCAGGAGUACCUCGGUGGAGAGUUACAAGCAAACAGCUGAUAACUAUGCUCAAAUGACAGAAACAUUCAAAAAUGAUCAUAUUGAUUUGGAUAACUAUGCGAAAGUUGAUCAGCGCACUAAAGCCCCUGUUCUAAAUUUGUCUACAAGCAAGAAAGGCUAUACUAAUGAUACUUAUGACGACGUGGAAAGUGCUAGAGCAAAACCAUCUUCUGACAUGAUGUAUUUGUAAUUUGAAAGUCUACAAAGAUUUGAGGGGGGGGGGGUGACAAAGUUGGGUAAUAUGAAAACAUUCUGAGUGUUUUGUGACCUGAUUAAAAUCAGGGUAGACUGGGGCAGUUCAUAUACCCGGACUAGUGACGUGGUCAACAGUACCCGGCAUAUUUGCUUGUUUUAUUGAAGAUUGGAAACGGUACUCAAUACAUGCAACAAAAUUUCACACACGUCUAGACAUACGCACACAGUUUAAUGACAGCAAUUAGUGACAGAGUGAAUACAGCAGGAGGUUAUGGGUAUCGUACUCGUGCCCUUUCCAAAAUCUCUCCAAAUCUAUGAAGGCAAAUCUAAUUUUAUGUGGAAACUCGGCGAUAUCAUAACCUAGGAACAAAAUAAACAUGUAGUGAUUUUAAGUCCAUUGAAAUUAUCCAUUACAGAAAUACAUGUGGAACUGCUCAGUUUUCUAUUCUGGUAAUGAAGUAAACAUUUAAUGUACUUGUAAAUAUACUUAUCUUCUCCUGUAAUGUGUGAAUUUGUUCUUUUUUCAGUAUUUUCGGAUACAUUCCAUAGAAAUAAGCAGUACGUUUAA